AUGUCCACACAAGAAGUACCAGAGACUACAGUAGGUACUACACCCGAAUCAUCUGAGCAUUCUGAGUCCACACGAUCUAAAAACAAAAAGUCUGCAGUGACUUUAUCCAAAAUUUGUAAGAGCGUCCCAAUAUUAACAUGCUUGAACUUUAAAAAUGAAGCUGAAAAUCCUAUUGUAUCUUUUGAAUUGAUGGAUACUAUUUGUAAGAACUAUUUUAGAGUGAUGAUGGCAUCUGCUUUCGCUUAUCUUAUACCAAAUAAAGAGGACGAAUUUUGUUUAUUUUUAAAGAAAGCACACUUGCUUCAUCAAUAUCAGUUUUUUGCUACAAUUUCGCCUCAGAAUCAUCCGAGUUCUUCUAUUGAUCAUGAACAUGAAUUAAUUUAUAAAGUUUACGUAAAUACUCAAGCAGCUAUCAAUGGAUCACAUAUAGAGUACGAUGUUCAAAUAAAGUUUUUAAAAGAAAAUGAUCUAAUUGAGGAAGUUGAAAAUGAAAUAACUGUUACAGAAGGAGUUCUAGAAGCAGUCAAAUUAGCUAAUUUUAUUUUUUGUUGGUAG